AUGUACACCACAAUCCAAACAUCGCAACGCAAUUUCAUCACUGACCCGGAAAUGUGGCUGGGUCAAAGCAUGUACUUCAAGAAACUGUUUUCUGGGAAAUGGGGCGAUAAACAGGAGGAUGGCUCAUACUUCAUCGAAACCGACGGCCACAUCUUCGAACACAUUCUUCGGUACCUUCGGACUGGAGUGCUUCCAGUCUUCUAUGACACAGGAAAAGGUCACGAUUUCGCGCUUUAUCAAGCCCUUUUAGAGGAAGCGAAGUAUUUCGCCAUCGAAAGACUAGAGAAAUGGUUAUGCGAACGCAAAUAUUUGGAAGUUAUCAAAAUCCAUUAUGUGGCUACCGAAACUCAAGACCGAGGAUCCUACCGGAAACACACUAGGUCUGAUCCUCAGGGCCGCACGUUCAUCUUAGAGGAUCGCUUUGUUGAGAUCACAACGAGUAGCAACAUGGAGACUACAAUGGUCCCUAUGGUACAGCAACAGUCCUCCUUCUACUGCCCUAACGGAAAGCAUGGCAAAAGCAAUCAAGAGUAUUGCAGGAGCUGUAUUGAGCAAGCAAGAGACAGCAAAGCCCAUGUAAAUGGUGGCUGGAGAGAAGAGGACCAACUUAAGCGGAAAGAAGUUGUUUUUAACCACGAUCUCUGCGUUAACUCGUAUUUGGAAGAUGCUCUGCCAUGA